AAAAUAGAAAACGUGGAAGAUUUGUUUUGAUUUCUAACAAGUAGAAUUUAACCGUUUAUCAAACGUAAAACUAUCAUGGUAAGCCAUAAAAAGAAAUUGCGUUCUGAAAAGGCAAAAGUUAAGCUAAAGGCCACCAAAUUGCCUAAAGGUUUAAAUGUCACAAAAACGGAAUUCAAAGUUCGCAAAAUCACGAUCAGGGAACAAUUAAAGGAGUCGCAGUACGCCGAUGGAGAACGUCAAAUAAACUUAAAGGAAACCAUCUCACGUCUGAAGCAUCACAGCUCCAAUGCACGUGCCGAUGCACUGCGAAAUUUGCGGGAGGCUUUAAUUGCAAAACGUAUCAAUGUAACCGGUUAUAUGCACAGUCUUGUCCAAAGUGUUUCUGCUAUUGCGCUUGAUGUAGAUAAGGAUACACGUAGGGAUUCAUUCAAGGUGUUGAAAUGCCUUUUAACGUCUUUGACUUUGGAAGAAGUUGAGCCUUUCUUCCAUAUUAUCUCGUCUUAUCUGCGUUGUGCUAUGACACAUAUUCAACCAAUGAUACAAGAAGAUUCCCUACUUAUGUUGGAUGUACUAUUGGAAAAUGUACCGAAAUUGGUGGUUACCCACAGUGUAAAGAUUAUACGAAAUUUUCUCGAAAUGAUCUCCCGGGUUAGAAAGGAAGGUGAACAAACAAGUAGAACGCUCACAAUACGUUUGGGACAGAAGCAAACUACAAUAAAAUGGCGCACAAAAGUUUUGGAACGGUUACGUCAAAUGCUCGCCACUUUGGUUGAACAUAAACGCAGUACUAGCAGUGUAGAAAUUGUAAAUAAUUUUGUGAAAAAUGUCACAUUCAAUCCAAAUGCACCACAACAUUACAAUUUAAAGCGACCUUUCCUCGGUCUAAUCAAAAUCGACUUAAUGGCUGCUUUGAGACCAUCUUUAGGUAAUAAUAAUGCUGAUGCUGUAGAAACAUUGGAGGAGGAGAGAUUACGAGAAUAUGUUAACCACCUUCUGCCUUUGCUCGUUGAGUCGUGGAUUGAGGUACGUCCACAGGAUCAAAAGGCAACUGUAACUUUAGCAAGUGAGGCUGCGCAGACAUUGAAGAUUGUUUUGGAAAUACUGCAAAAUCUAUGGAUGUUAAUUGAGUUACAUGAAAAGACGGAAAGGAAUAGUCAACUAAGCAUGUGGUUCCGACAACAAUAUGCCGAAACUUUUGCCAACAGCUUUUUAACAGACGGAUUCCCCUAUCAACAGAAUUGCGAAACAGAUACGGAUUUAAGCAAAAAAUCACAAAAGAAACAACAAAAAUUGCUGAAUCUUGGUGGCGGCCAGUUAUGUUUGGAGCAAAAUAUUUGUGUGACUUAUUUAAUGUGCCAAUUUUUUAAAUCGCACAGUUUGAUGGACUCUCAAACCGAACGAUUUGACACUUUGUUAAAAUACCUUGAAGAAGUUGUUAGUAAUCUGAAAGCACAUCAAUUACAAAAUUAUCAAACACUAACAAAGUCUUUACGCAUAUGCCUAUUAGAGAACGAUGAACACUUUUUACAAUUGCACAAAACUGCAAUGCAUACGCUUUUGACUAACACUAUGGAAGCUUUUCUGCACAAUACUUUUCCUGCUAAAACAAACUCUGAAACAGAAGUACUCACGUUGAUUUGUGACAUUGUGCGUUCACCGUCAUUACGACGGAAUUACGGAGAGGAUUCGUUUGAUGGCUUUUUGAAAUAUCUACCUCAACUUUUGCUUAAGCAAAGUAUACAAGUAUCGACAGUAAUAGCAAUGUCCUCUUUAGCGAAACAAAAGAACUCGUUAUUUUUGCAAGCAUUGGACAAUACAAUUGAGUCUGUUAUUGAAAACUUACAAAAACUACAAAUUUCCGGAGCACCAAAUGCUUUUGAAGGGAAAAAGCAUAUAAUGAAUCUGUACUAUUGGACGGAGAAAAACUUUACAACUGAUUAUAAGGAACAGUUGCAUGAAAAUAUAGAUAAACACAUUACUGACAAGAGAAUUGUUAGCUAUUUCAAAUAUAUACUAUCCUAAUCGCAUGUGUGUGUAUUUAAUUAAAAGCAUGGAACGAGUGCUAUUCAUUUAAUUACUUUGAGAAAGCUGGUGGAAAAGUAAUUUUCAGGCAAACAAAAAUCUGUGUGCUUGUUACGACAAUAAAUUUGACCACUUCGCUCUAACGGCAACUAAUGUAAAAU